UGGUGCUGAAACACCCAAAACCAAAUGACCAUCGGACAAACAUCGUGACUUUGGCUCCUGAUCUGAACUUUUAUUACUUUUUAGACUUUGUGCAGACAGAGCGGCGGAGUGGUUUGACGGGCAGUCGAGGUUGCAGCAGGCAGAGGGAGACGGUGGAAGGUAAAGCAGGGAGGCAGCAUCAUGGCGGACAGAGACAGUGGCAGUGACCACGGAGGGCCCACCGCAGGCCCCGGCUCGCUGCCCCCGGGUGCGAUGGGCGCCAUGUCCCGGCUGCAGCACGACACCGAGGAGCUCGCCUCCAAGCGCGUCGACAUCCAGAACAAGCGCUUCUACCUUGACGUGAAGCAGAAUGUUAAAGGCCGCUUCCUAAAGAUAGCCGAGGUCGGGGCUGGGGGAAACAAGAGCCGCCUCACUCUCUCCAUGUCGGUUGCCGUGGAGUUCCGCGAUUAUCUUGGGGACUUUAUCGAACAUUACGCCCAGCUGGGCCCGACCAACCCGGACAUGGUGCAGGAUGAGCCCCGGCGGGCGCUCAAGAGCGAAUUCCUGGUGCGAGAGAAUCGGAAAUAUUACAUGGAUCUGAAAGAGAACCAGAGGGGGCGGUUCCUGAGGAUCCGACAGACCGUUAAUCGGGGGCCCGGCUUGGGAAGCGCGCAAGGCCAGACCAUCGCUCUGCCGGCGCAGGGUCUCAUCGAGUUCCGCGACGCUUUGGCCAAACUCAUCGACGACUACGGCGUGGACGAGGAGCCGGCGGAGCUCCCGGAGGGCACCUCGCUCACGGUCGACAACAAGCGUUUCUUCUUUGACGUGGGCUCCAAUAAGUACGGGGUCUUCAUGCGGGUCAGCGAGGUGAAGCCCACGUAUCGGAACUCCAUCACGGUUCCGUGCAAAGUGUGGUCCAAAUUCGGCAACACCUUCUGUAAAUAUGCGGAGGAAAUGAGGAAGAUCCAGGAGAGGAGUAGAGAGAAACGGGCCUCCGAACUGGUACCUGAGGGCCCGCACGGCGGAGACGACGGCGACGAUGACUGACGCGGAUUUUGUAAGAGAGCAGAAAUGAAACAACAAAGACAAAACUGAACUCUUGAGAGAAAAACGAGACUUUUAACUGUAAAAUAGAAAGAGAAAUUUCCAAGGGAAUCACCCCACACGCACAACCUCCACAGACAUGGCAGCACCUCUGCUCUCUCCUCGCUCAUUUUACUGGAUGUCACCCCCACUUACCACCCAUGUAACAGUAAGCUGCUGCUAUCAAGGAUUGAACUGUAAGAUAUGAACUGUUUCCUGUUUGAUUUAAAUGACAAUGAACAGAGUGUUUAUAUCUCUAUCAAACAACAGAUUUUGCACACAUCAAAGCUAUUUCGAGAAGAAAAGAAAAAAAAUGUUUAAAUGUUUUCAAACUGGUCAUAUGCUAAGAUUUAAUCAAACAUAAAACCAGAGGUCUAUUAUAUAAAAUGACAGUCUUCAUGUAGAACGAAUAUUUGACAUCAGCACAAAGAGAAUAUAUUAUGGACUUUAUGAAACCAAAAUCUGAUACCAGAUGUAUAGUUUAUUAUAAAGGUACGCAGAAUAAAUAUGAAAGCGCUCUAAAAAGUGUAUGAAUUGCAGAACGCAACAUACAGGCCUGUAAACACCUGUCAGCAUGCGUGUAGGCUCAUGUUUUGAAAAGAAGUUUGGCAAAGUAGGCUGUAGUCUUUAAUUUGACCUGAAACGUAGUAGGCUAAUGAGAGCAUUUCUAUCACGCCAUUAUGGAAAUGUUGAGACUCAAAAAUAAAUAGCCUAUUUUGUGCGCCUCAAACAAAUGGGAUAAAUCUAUCUCUGAGCUACUAUAUUGAAUAUCAGCCCUCUUGCACCAUGUCCAUAUAAACUUAAAUGAAAAAAAGUGCUAACUUAGAUGUACUAAUUAUGAUUUUGUGAAUCAGCUGUAAAAAAAAAAAAAAAAAAUCCUUAUUAAGAUACCCACGUUUUCUGUGGGUUAAGUUUUUCUUUCUGUUACUUGGUUGUUUUUUCCUCUGGGGGGGUGGUGGGGUGGGGGAUGCAAAAGAAUAAGGUCCACUCGUGGGAGCGCAAGGCGCGGAAACAAAAAAACCCUAAAAAAAACAGAAAGACGCGUCAGCGCAGCGCGCGGCGAGGCAACGCAUCCUCUCUGACGUCAUUACGACCCGUGCCUUAUACACUCCACUCGUUUACGUGUUCUCACGUGGAUGGUCUGUGACCUCGACCGCUGUACGUUUUCAUUUUACGAGUGCUGUUACGUAGGCCGAAAUAUAUACUCACCAGGGCUGCGGGACUCACACCCCUGCGGUGCAUGGAGCAUGGGUGGCAAAAGUAAGCUGAAAGGCUGCCAGGAGCUUGUGAGGGGGGCCAACGGUGGUAGUGGGCAGAAACAGAGCUCCAAGCUAGAGCGGGCCCCUCAGAAAGAUGAGGUGCUGCCGUACGUACACUUUGGAAACAGGAAGGCAGGCGGGGUGGGUUGGGGGGGCCCCAGUGUGUUAUGGCACCCUGGAGCCCAGAAUCCCUAGCGGCACCCCUGGCCUGGUGGCCUCUCACAGAGUAGAGAUGUGUCUCCCUGGAACAGGAGAAGAACCCAAGAUGUACCGCCUGUGGCAGCGCUGGGUGUCAGCAUGGAGAUUCAUCUGGAGAUGUUACGGGUGGCUUUGCACACCAUAUGCACCAUGAUGUAAAAAAAAACAGAAAAAAAACAGCAACAACAAAAAAACAACAAAAUCAGGAGCGACUGGAUGAGGCUAUUCGUCAGAACUGAGAUGGAUGCUGUUAAAGAGCCAGGCAGUCAGCCAGCCAGGCGGGCCAGCCGGCCAGUCCCAUGCCAUCAGUCUGAGUGCAGUUCAGUGGAUGUAGAGGCCUAUCAGUGCAGGGCCAAGGCAGUAUCUAUCUCUAUAUGGUGCUACAGCCCCUUGAUCGCUCCACGGGGGCCUCGCCGCUCAGAAUAUGUCACUUUUGCAUUAUUUUUAUUCUGAUGCUCUUUAUUCUUUUUUCUUCUUCAAAGUUCUUUUCUCCACAUUAUGUUGUCCGAAACACGUCAGGUUCCUCCCUCCCAGGCAGAGAGGACUGACUAGUGUAGGACAUUUCAUAUUAGUGUGCAAUAUUGUGUACGUGCCAAUAGCGGCAUUGUAUCACGUGUAUAGACUAUUAAAAGACGAAAAAAUGUAUAGGCUAUGUGAUCAGUAGAUAUAUGAAAGCAUGACGAUGAGGUUGAUGCAUCUGCAUUAUGUUUUCCGAAAUGUGAAGUCUUUCUUCUCAAGCACUUACUCAAAGUGGAAAAAAAAGUCAGACUAGUAGUGAGGUAUUUUUUCCUGUCACGUUCUGUAAACCAGUAGGCUGCCUUGUCCGUCUAUCAGUGCGCGUAGAGUAGUUCGGGUGUUUUACGUCCCCCUACGGAGUCACCCCAGAGAAAAACCCUUUCCCUCCUCGUUCCUCCCCAAACACACACACACACUCACAUACACAGUGCAGACAGUCAACAAGCUCUGUCUCCAUGUCAGCCUCUCUGCAGUGGCCUACACUGAAGUUGAAUAGUAUCCUGGGGCUCGGGUCCAGGGGUGGCUAACACACACACACACACACACACACACAGUCGCUCACUGUCGAGGCCUCUUGUUGCUAUCUGACUGUUUGGGAGGCCUCUCAAGUAUUUUGAAUGGUGUCUAGAAUGGCACAAGGCCUCCUGUCAUUAGAAGCCAGGAAACUGUGUGUUUGGAGCUUGAGCACGACCCCCCUCUCGCCUGGGACGGCUGAUUGCAGGACAGGUGAACUACGAUUUGACUUUGGCUUGUCUGCGGUUUCACUUUAGUUAGGUGAUAGUGAUCGGGCACAGCAGACCCGAAGGACGGAGGAGUUUGUUGUUUUUACAAUGAGGAUCACAAUUCUCUCUCAUAUGGUCUGCUCCUCUUCUCAACUUGGGAUUCAAAGCGUAAAAAAAAAAGGCCCUGGCUCAUUGUCCGUGCAGCAGAACUUGUUCAAAUGCCCAAAUACACUCUGCUAGACACACAGUCCAUUCCUUCUUUUUGACCCGAUCGACCUUAUACCUUAUACCGACCUUACGGGCUUAUACUGAAGUGCUAGUUAACAAUCAAUAUGCUCCAAGUGGUUAGUUCACCUAUCAGCUUUAUAUAAAGCAGGCUGGCCAACAACAGCUAAUGCGACUGAGCCCGGUCACAGGCCCUGUCAGAGUGCCGUGCCACCUAGGUGGUAUGAAGGGGAAAUACAGACUGCAUGGAUUGCAGCUUUAGAGGCCUCGGCUGGAUAAAAGCUGCUAAUGUAGUUACAGCCUGGGCCUGCCAGACGUGGGAUAUCUGAGGCUAGACUGAAGCAGAAUUCCCCCAAGCACACCUGGGCUCAAAAGGUAUCAGAAGUCCUGUUGAACGCUUGCUUUAAAAAGUUGAUCUGUGUUUGAUUGGGCAUGCCUGUGGCAGCAGAGCCAAGAAAAAUGUUCCAGAAAAUCCCAUCUGUUCCAUGCAGGACGUUUUGGCCCAGGUUUGUCUCCGAGUGUUGGUGAAAGGCCCGAUGAAGCCUGGCACUGCACUGCAGGGGCUUACCGGCAGCAGCCUACCACGACCUACUGACCCGGCUGUCAGACAGAUCCAGUUAGGACUUUUCUCUCUGUUUUAGAGAAGAACAAGAAAUCUCUUUCCCCUCCUGAAGAGAUGACUGCAUGUCCUUACACUGCUCUGUGAAUUACAAAGAGCCCAUUUCCAUUAAACACACGUAGAAGCCAACUAUUACUAUGUGCCCGGCAAAGCACAUCUGAGGUCAAUCUGAGUUCAUCUUGAAUUCAACAUGAAUCUGGACUGUCUGUUGUGAUACAGCACUUAUUCCCCAAAGUGUUCUAGCUUUAAGCUUGAUUGAAUUUAGGCCUCCAGGAGGCUCAUGCUACAUGAAGACUGGAAAUACAACACUUCCUUUUCUCUUUUUCUCUUUCUCUAAUGGCCAAAUAUAAUGAGAGCCUGAACCUGCUCAAAUAGUUCACUUGGUGAAUGCCUCCCUUUGUGAAACGCACACAUUUUCUUAAAGAUUAAAAGAUGAGUCGUCUUGUUUUGUUACAGACUGUAAUCGCCAGGUGCUACUGGGUCAGUUGUGUUUUUAGUGCAGAAUGAUUUAGUUGUGAAACAUGACUCGUCCAUUUUGGGUCGUAGCUGCAUCUGCAUUACAGAGGAGGGGGGGCACUUGUGAUUUUGCUGAAAACAGUGUGAUCAAAUCUGAUUUCUCAGUUUAUGAGACCUCAUCCAGUGUCACAGCAAAACCUGGAGUGACCUUGCAGCCAUGUUGCACCCACAUUACACGGUCAUCCAUUUCUAGGAUUCAAAUGCAAAAUGGUAGGCAGACGUUGUUCGCUUUGUUUUCUGUGUAAAGCUUCAGUGGUCAAGCUGUGUGCUGUCCUCGGUGGCUCUGGCUAGGUUCAGUGUACAUGGGUGAUGUUGCACUGAAACUGUUAGUCAUUGACGAGAAUCGUGUUUUGAUUUAUUAUACAGCAGUAGCCAUCGUAGCAAUCCCUACUCAUGAUGUUACCCUGCCUUUUGUCUGUUAACGCUGCAGUGUCCAUUUAGUUAGGUGACCAGACCAUUUCUUACACGUUUAUUAAACUGAUGGGAACAGAAGAAGAAAAUUGUCAAAUUGUAGACGUAGCUCAAAAGCAGUAGCUACUUGUUGCAUGAACUCAAAGUCAGAUUGCUAUGAUGGCUCCAGCUGUAGGUUUCAUCUGCUUGUUCCUUCUGUCUUGAACGGGGAGAUUAUUCAUGUUUCUGACCGCAUCCAAACAGCAACAUGUACAUGACUUGUAACAGCAAAACUGAACUACCACAAGGUGUUCCAGACAACCAAAUCUGCUCUGUUCCUGGUUUCAGUGUUGUAGUCUUUCAUUGGCCAUUCAGAGUUCCUGGUUAAUCACACAGCCAAUCGCAGCCUCUGGUCAAAGCCAAGCACUAUAUGACUCAUCACAAACCACUGACAGAGGAGCUCAUUCAGCACGUCUUCUUGUUUGCACACGCACCGAGUAGUAGGGUCCAUCAUGUUUGCAGACUGUAUAGGCUACUGUUGUGUAUAGUUAUAAAGACGUUCUUUCAAAUGUUUUGAAGAUGUUGGGAAAUGGAUCCUGGAUUUUAAGGGGUGGGGUCAAUGCACAAUGAACAUAUCCCAUGUCACCGUUUGGUCUAAAUCCCUUUACCAUCCCCAUAUGAGAUAAUAUGUUGUAUCUUUAAAAAAUAUUUUAUCUGUGGCGUGUGUGUGUGUAUAUAUAUAUAUAUGGUUUGUUAUAUAUGAUGCUCCUCCUUUCAGAAAAAUAUAACAUGUAAACAGGAAAAACAUAUUGCUGUUUUUUUCCUUUGUAUUUUAUACUUACAGAAAGCAUUGAAUAAAAAUGGAUAAAUACUUGCACUUUAGAUAUAUUAAGAAAAAUAAAAAUCUGCAUAUUAUUUUUGAUAGGGAUCUCACAUUCAAAGAGUAUAAAUUACAGGCUUUGUGACUAUUGCUGGACAGAGAUGUAUUGAGUUCUACUUAUUGAAGUAUAUUUUGUCUGUGUGUCAGAAGGUUUACUAAAGUAAAUUGCAUGAUAAAGUAGUGCUACACCGAUAUUGUUCUUUUUUUUAGUUGGUAAAAAUGUCUGAAAACUGUGAUAACAACCCUCUUGUAUCAUGUUUAACCUCUCCUCCCCUCUUCUAGAAUAUUUCUUACUGAAAUAUGGCCUUUCCUGACUACAUGACGAUGGUGCUUACUUUGGCUUUGACAUCAAGCUCAUCCUAUACAUCUCAACAUCAUCAUAACUCGCGUCCUUACACUUCAUUACUUUCUGUUAUGUACUCUCACUACCUUAUUAAAUUUCCGUUGAUGGCAAAAAAAAGGUGUGCUGUUUUGUACAUUGCUGUUUGUUUUAAUGUUGGGGGAGCCUUGUUGUCUGAAAAAUGACUAAUCGCGCAAUAAAAAGUCAUUCCACA